AUGACGUCGAUCGGCACGGGCUAUGAUCUCCUCAACUCCAUCUUCUCGCCUGAUGGUCGAAACUUUCAGGUCGAAUAUGCCGUCAAGGCGGUAGAGAACGGCGGCACCUCAAUCGGCAUCCGGUGCAAGGACGGCAUCGUCCUGGCCGUCGAGAAGAUUGUCGCAUCCAAGCUGCAGAAGGCCAAUGCAAACAAGAGAAUUGCCAGCGUUGACAGCCACGUCGGAGCAGUUUACUCAGGCAUGAUCCCCGAUGGACGCCACUUCGUCGACCGAGCCCGAGAUGAAGCCCAGAGCUGGCGCCAGAACUUCAAGACUCCCAUCCCCACAGCCGACCUCGCCUCCCGCAUGGGCGGCUACCUCCAGGCAUACACCAUGUACGGCUCUGUCCGUCCCUUCGGCAUCACCGCCAUCAUUGGUGGCGUCGACACCUCAGAAGAGACCCCCGUAGACGGCGAGGUCGGCUCAGGGCCGGCGGUCGGUGCCGGCGGCAAGGUUCCCGGCAAGCACGGCGGUCCUUUCCUUUACAUGAUCGAGCCCAGCGGCCUAUACUGGGGAUACUACGGUGCGGCGACGGGCAAGGGCAGACAAGCUGCAAAGGCUGAGCUGGAGAAGCUGGACCUACCGGCUGGUAACAUCACCAUCCACGAGGCAGUCAAACAGGCCGCGAGAAUCAUCUACAUCGCCCACAAGGAUAACAAGGACAAGGAGUUUGAGCUGGAGAUGACCUGGAUUAGCACAGUAGACGGCCCUACCAAGGGACGGCAUGUGGAGGUGCCCAAGGAGCUGAGAGAAGAGGCUGAGAGAUUAGCGCGGGCAGAGGACGAGUCUGAUGACGAGGAGGAGGAAGAAAAGAAGGACGAUGACAACAAGAUGGAAGAGUAA